CACAUCGCAGCCACAGCUCCUCCGCCAUUCAGCCGGACUGUCGACCGGGCCUGGACCGAGCAGCCGCACGUCAGACCGCCGUCAGCUUCCCCCGUUUCUCCCGCAGUCCUCUGUGAGACCUCCACACCCACCGCAGCGACAACAUGCGCGAGAUAGUGCACCUGCAGGCCGGGCAGUGCGGGAACCAGAUUGGAGCAAAGUUCUGGGAGGUGAUCAGUGACGAGCACGGCAUUGACCCGACAGGAACCUACCAUGGAGACAGCGACCUGCAGCUGGACAGAAUCAAUGUCUACUAUAAUGAGGCUUCAGGUGGGAAGUACGUGCCUAGGGCCAUCUUAGUGGAUCUGGAGCCAGGCACUAUGGACUCUGUCCGCUCCGGGCCCUUCGGGCAGAUCUUCAGACCUGACAACUUCGUCUUUGGCCAGAGUGGAGCCGGUAACAACUGGGCAAAGGGCCACUACACGGAGGGAGCUGAGCUGGUGGACUCUGUUCUGGAUGUAGUGAGGAAGGAGGCUGAGAGCUGCGACUGCCUCCAGGGUUUCCAGCUUACACACUCCCUGGGUGGUGGUACCGGCUCUGGUAUGGGAACUCUGCUCAUCAGCAAGAUCCGCGAGGAGUACCCCGAUCGUAUCAUGAACACCUUCAGUGUGGUGCCCUCUCCUAAGGUGUCAGACACAGUGGUGGAGCCCUACAACGCCACCCUGUCUGUCCACCAGCUGGUGGAGAACACAGACGAGACUUACUGCAUCGACAACGAGGCCCUGUAUGACAUCUGCUUCCGCACCCUCAAGCUCACCACGCCUACAUACGGAGACCUCAACCACCUGGUCUCUGCCACCAUGAGUGGGGUGACAACUUGCCUGCGUUUCCCCGGCCAGCUCAACGCAGACCUCCGCAAACUGGCCGUCAACAUGGUGCCCUUCCCUCGCCUGCACUUCUUCAUGCCCGGCUUCGCCCCGCUCACCAGCAGGGGCAGCCAGCAGUACAGAGCGCUCUCUGUGCCCGAACUCACGCAGCAGAUGUUCGACGCCAAGAACAUGAUGGCCGCCUGCGACCCACGCCACGGCCGCUACCUGACCGUGGCCGCCGUCUUCCGCGGCCGCAUGUCCAUGAAGGAGGUGGACGAGCAGAUGCUGAACGUGCAGAACAAGAACAGCAGCUACUUCGUGGAGUGGAUCCCCAACAACGUCAAGACGGCCGUGUGCGACAUCCCGCCCCGCGGGCUCAAGAUGGCCGCCACCUUCAUCGGCAACAGCACUGCCAUCCAGGAGCUGUUCAAGCGCAUCUCCGAGCAGUUCACCGCUAUGUUCCGCCGCAAGGCCUUCCUCCACUGGUACACCGGCGAGGGUAUGGAUGAGAUGGAGUUCACAGAGGCGGAGAGCAACAUGAACGACUUGGUGUCCGAGUACCAGCAGUACCAGGACGCCACAGCUGAGGAAGGAGAGUUUGAGGAAGAGGGAGAGGAGGAGGUGGCCUAAGGCUAAAAUCAGUCUCACCCGCACUCACUAUAACUACAUCCAACCAUCCAUCCACUUAUUUCACUCCUACUCUGCUCUCGGCCUCUUUCUCUUUUCGUUACAGCUCUCUCCUUCCUCUGUUCUCUUAUUCACGUGUUCUCUCUGUUUGCUUUUCUCUCUGCCUCUCCUCCUCCUCCUUCCAGACAGAGUAGGAUUCACAACACUAAACCGUCAUCUCAGUGCUCUUACACAGGUAGCUAACACAGGUGUGCUGGUGGUCGUUUGUCCGUAGCUUUAUGUUCAUUUAGCAUCAUCAUUCAAACAGUACCUGGGCCAAGUAUUUAAUAAAACUGUUCACCCCACACAAAUUUGAUCACUUGUCUAA